AUGGGGUCAGCGUGCUUUAAAGCCAAAGCGGGUGCGGAACCGGGGGAGAGGGAGCAAAAUAAGUCAAGGGAAGAGCAGCGGCAGCAGCCAAUAGCUGAGUCUGAUCAACCCCAGCAACAGCAGCAGGAGACUGAGGGAGCAGUGGCAGAGAAGCGGCAGCAGGAACAGCCACAACCCGACGGGCAAAGACAACCGUCCGAUGGUGCAGCGUGUACGGAUCAAGGGCCUGGGAAAGCCCAGCCGUCCGAGCAGCAGCAGGGCGCAGCAGUUGCAGAUGAAGGCAGGGGCGUGGAAAGUAACGGAAUACCAGCAGGACCAGCAGCAGCAGCAGCAGCAGCAGCAUCACAACCACAACCACAGCUAGAGUCACAGACACGGCCCCAGCAAAAUCCAGCAACAGAAUCGUCAGCAGCAGCAGCUAACAACUACAAUAGGUCCAGUGGUGGUGGCACUGUCAGCGGCAACGACAACGGCGGUGGUAACGGCAGUGGCAAGGCAGCAGCGGGGCCUGGGUUUCGACGAAUGGCACUGGAAGAGCUAAUGGCAGCUACCAACAAUUUUAGUGAGAAGAACGUGGUAUCAGAGGGCGGGAGGCAGGCACUGAACGUGGUGUACCGGGGGGUGCUGGGACCAGAGGGGCUGCAAGUGGCAGUGAAGCGGUUUCAGAAGAAGGAGUGGGAGGACGCUCAGCAGUUCGCUGCAGACGCCACGGCAGUGGGCAGCACUCGCUACCCGAGCCUCACAUCGCUGCUGGGUUUCUGCCUUCCUCUCUUGUUGAGAUCCCUUCGUCCCUGCACCCUCCACAUACACAAGACGCCUUCUCUUCUGUCUUCCCUCCACUCCACCGCACACCCAACAGGCAGACGCCACGGCAGUGGGCAGCAUUCGCUACCCGGGGCUCACAUCGCUGCUGGGCUUCUGCCUUCCUUGCCCUCAAAUUUACCUGGUCUCCUGUUGUCCUUUAACCCAUUGGAACCCAACCCGACCGCACACCCAACAGGCAGACGCCACGGCAGUGGGCAGCAUUCGCUACCCGGGGCUCACAUUGCUGCUGGGCCUCUGCUUUCCCCUCAUCCCAACAUCUUCCCAUCAUACUUGCCCUCCCCUCCCUCCGACACACACACCCAACAGGCAGACGCCACAGCAGUGGGCAGCAUUCGCUACCCGGGGCUCACAUCGCUGCUGGGCUUCUGCUGUGAGGGCGAGCACCGGCUGCUGGUCUCUGACUUCAUGCCCAACUGCACGCUCGCGCAACACCUGUUCCACUGUAAGGCCCUGUAA